CUCAUACUUGCACAAAUACGCGUACGUACGGUCGUACCCCACCAACCGAACCGACGCUCUAUUAUUGAAGAAGGCACUUUUUAUUUUCUUCAUCAUCAAUUUUCAGCUCAUUACUCUGCACCUUCCUUUUUUGUAUAUACAUACUUAACCCAUAUUGCGUUUCCUUUAUCUUUGUUAGAUGUAUUAAUUAAUUGAUAGUAGUCAGUUGUAAGAAUUACUGCCAAUUCUUUGUAAUUUUCUUUCAGUUUCAGUUUUGACAAAAAAAUAUGGAUGAAUUUGGCGUUUUGGUUGAGAGAUAUGGCGUUAAAGUUCAAGGCGGCAAGUCAACACCGAUGGCCAAUUUGAAGGCUAAUAAGACCAAUUCCACCAAUGGCUUUCCCUCAAACCUUGGGUUUAAUUCCGGUCAAAACUCGGGUUACAGCUCCGAUCCAUUUGCCAAUGAUCUCGAUGGAAUUUUCCGGUCCAAGAGUUCACAGAAUUACGACAAUAAUGAUAUUUUCGGUGGCGUUUUUGCAAAUUCAAAGCAGCAGAAUAAUGUUGAUAUUGAAUCAGUUUUAGGUGGUUCUAAUAGUAAUAAUAACAAUAACUAUGGCGGUAAUAAUUCGUAUGAUGAUUUUGAUUUGUUUGGUACGGCACCAAAGAAAAGUGACUCAAUUGAUGAUUUAUUUGGGAACUUGGGAUUGAAAUCGGAUGGUCCGAAGAAAGAUCACGCUGGAAAGAGGUCAGAAAGCGAUGAUUUGAUUCCUGGAUUUGGUGAUUUUAGCUCACCUAGUUAUGGCAAAAAGCUAGAGACGAAAGGUUCUCAGCAGUCAAAUUCUUCUAAAUCAAGCUCCUCUUCGCCAGAUGAUCCAUUUUUAGUUUUUAAAUCAUCCACCAGGGAGGCAAAUGCUUCUUCUUGGCCAUUUUCAGAAUCAUCAGAACAUCAUCCUGGAAUUAGCACUGUAACUUCUUCAAUUGACGAACUUGAAGAUUUUGCGAAUUUUAAGGUUAGGAGUAAUGUAACUGAACAAUCACAUGAUACUAAAAAGGACGCCUAUGUAAAGAAGCCUGUGGAAAGAGCACAAGAGAAGUCCAAAAGUGUGAGAGUGACGAUCAACAAACCGAGCAAGACAACAACACCAAAAUCUGCAGCUAAGGGCCAUGUGUCUGCAGAUUUCCAUGAGAAAGGAAAGCCUGAAGAAAAGAAAUCAUCUUCCAUAAGGAAGAAUGUGUCGCCUGUGAAAAACUUUGUUGAUGAUUUAAUGUUUUUUGGAGACUCUGCUCCUUCCUCUGAGGUGUUUCAGGAAGUUGAAGGAGAAAGUAAAGAAAGACGAAGAGCUAGAUUGAAGCAUCAUAUGAAGACCCAAGAGCGCAUGGUAAAAUUUCUACUUAAGAAUCUUUUGACUGUCCCUUCAGUUGAGUAUUGUGCUAUCUUAUCCCCAUUACCCACAAUAUUUUCUUAUUGUUGGAUGAGUAUUGUGCUAACAUAUCCUCAAAACAUGACUAUAUUGGGAAGAGGAAGAUCUGUAUACGAGUUGGUCAAAGAAUCGCUAAACCUUGCUGGAGAAAGAGGAGUGAUGGAGAUGAAUGGAAGUAUAAGAAAAGAAAUGUUUUCUGUGGAGGCUACAGAUCAGAACAUCAAGAAUUGGGGAAUUGAACACAGCCGUAUCUUAGCACCCCUUAUUUCCUUUGAUUUUGGAACAAACUGCUUGUUGCAGAGGCUUGCUGAGAUGCUGGACUAUGAUAUAAAACGUUGGGCUACUGGGAAAGAAGGCAACCUCCGCGCGUUGCUGUCAUCACUGCAACAUGUAUUGUGGCCUGAAUGCGGUUGGCAGCCAGUUUCUUUGACCGAUUUGAUCACUUCCACAUCUGUCAAAAAAGUUUAUCACAGGGCAACCUUAUGUGUCCACCCAGACAAAGUUCAACAAAAAGGGGCCACAGUUCCGCAAAAGUAUAUUGCUGAGAAGGUUUUUGAUCUUCUGAAGGAAGCGUGGAAUAAAUUCAAUACAGAGGAGCUAAGAUGAGUUUGAGCUAUUAUAAGGUUCCCUUUUGUUGAGAAAGCAGAUGAUGGCCUGCCUUUGCUUGGAAGUGAAGCGACGAUGUACGAGGCUCAAAUAGCUGUGCAAGUUGGCUCGACUUUAUUCUUUGGUGGACCGACAUGAUACUGAUAUACUGAGUUGCUUCACAGGGAAUUAGUGACAUUCACGAAUCUGCAUGUUUACGAUCUCCGUCAGUGUGUUAAGAACCCCGCAAUUUUUUGUUGUGUCAUUUUUUUUGUUUAGCAGUUGUCACAUACAGAUGGAAAUCUUCAUCAGCGAUUCCCACUUGCUCUGAAAUAUCAUAGCAGUAGGUUUUUGUGCAUAAUAUGUUGAUUUAGGCGAAACACCAUGGUGGUUGGCAUGUUGCAUAUGAUAUUGUCAUUGAUCAUCUAUCCUUGAAUUCAUGAUAAUUUGGUCUUUUUCUUAUGCAUGAAUAUGAUUUUUGAUCC